AUGAUGACUGCACCACCAUACGAAUCUUACUCCUUUGCAACGGGUACCGUAUCGGCUGGGAUCGAUGGUGAACAUCAAAAACUCAACAUUUCUUUGGCUCUGCAAUUGGCAAGAACGUGGCUAAAACGAAUGGGACAUGAAGUGGACGUCUUUCCUGAAGCGCAUGAAAAUGAAUGGCGUAUCGGUGAGCCUUUUAAUGUUCCACAGUUGGUAGUGGAGGCCCUAGAGUCAUGUCAGUGGCCAGGUAGAAGUCAGGUUAUCGACACUGAUCGAAUACGUUUUUAUUUGGAUGGUGCACACACACCAAAAAGUAUGGAGAUGUGCUCGUUGUGGUUUGGAAAAGUAGUGAAGAAGACUCCAAAAAUGAAACGAGUUCUCGUUUUUCAAUGUACCGCUGAUCGCAAACCAUCCACUCUGCUCCCAUACCUUGCC